GUGCACUUUGGCUUUAUCCACUUUAUUAAGCUGUGCAUGUUUUAGCAGAACCACAGUGAGUGUCCGUGACACAGUUCAUGAGAAGUGAGAAAGCCGCUAACCAUUUUUAGACAAUAUACUGCGUGUUAAAAGGACAUUAUAUACAACACUGUAGGUGCUUUUUAGCCUUUACUGCCACCCACAGCAAGCAUUUAGAUAUUGAGAGCAAACCCUCAGUGAGAGAGGAAGUGUUUUUGAUGUCUUGGACUUCGAUUAGCUUUGAGUCAACAGUGUGAGCCGAGCUGCUGCAAGACAUUCAUUAACACAGCUAUGGCAGACUUUCAUGGAUAUCAUGUUUCCAUCUUUGGGGCACUAAUGCUUGGGAUUCUUCAGGGUCUGUGUGUUGUUUUAGCUGAUACAGACCCAGAGAAGGUGUUUAAAACUGGGAGCUCCCUGGAUCUAAAUGUACCAUAUCCAAAUGAUUCAAUUGUUUCUUGGGAUUUUAAUGGUAACCAAUUUGCUGACUACUCUAUAAGCCGUAAAUGCUCUGUUAGAGAAUCUCAAUUUAAUGGAAGAUUAAAAUGUGCUCAUGAUGUUAUCGGAGUAACGAUACAAGAUCUCCAACCCCAAGACUCUGGAACAUUCUCCAUUGUUGCAAUUGUACCUGGAAAACAGUAUCCCACAGAGAGUAUUAAAAUUUCUAUUCAAAACCCCAUAAGAGCUGUGCAGAUUGAAAAGACUCAGAGGUGGCUGUUAUCCACAAACAGCUGUGAUGUUGAUGUGACGUGUGCAGCACUUGGAGCUGAGAAUGUUUCCUACCAGUGGAGCGGCUACAGUCUGGGGAGUGAAGCUCACCUGCAGUUUAGGCUCUCACCAGCAGAAGGAGCUGUUACACUGAACUGUACUGCAACUAACAAAGUCAGCUCCAGUUUUGCUACAGAGACACUGAGCUGUAGCUCUGGAACAGGCAUGUUGUAUGUAUGGAUUGGAGUAGCAGUAGGAGUCAUAUUUAUUCUGCUUAUUGCUCUGACCUCUGCCUUGAUCUGCUGGAAGAAAUCUCAGAAAGAUGGUACUGAUGUUGCUGAUGGAAAUACAUUGUAUGCAGAGGUUAAUCCUGGGGCUACUACAAAGAAAGAUAAACGAUCUGACAGUGUCGCAAAUGGAAUGACAUUAUAUGAAACAGUGGAUGACCUCAGAAAUGAUAUGGAAAAGCCUGCACAGACUAUUUAUGCUAAAGUGACACUUCCACAUCAUGCAAAAGUCGUCGUUACUUCUUCCUCGCCAUAUCAGCAAGUUCUGUAACCUGUAAAGUUGGCAAAAUACUUUACUGUCUUUGUUGAAUAUUGUCUGUGAACAGUUUUUGUUUUAUUGUAUGUGAUCAAUUGAGUAUUAUUAACUACUGUAUAUACAGUAUCUCUGCAGCGUAUCUUACUGUUUUUAUUACAUAUUUAUUUAUUUGUAUUUUAUAAUUAUUAUAACUUUCAUAUAAGAGCUGUCUUGGGUGGAUUGUGAGUACAAAAUGAUUACACAUAUUUUGUCUUCAUAAUCUAAUAUUUUAGAUCAUAUGGAUUGACUGUAAUCAUACUGUGUAAUGUAUGAAGUUAUGUAAAUUGAUUGAGCUUUUUAUUACAUUCAUAUUAAAUUAAAUUUUAACACACCAAAAAAACAGAAAUAAAAACAUUCCCAAACACAGGCAGCUUUAAGCUUCCUUAAUGUUUGUAAACUGCACUCUCCUGUACCCCCUUAUACUCUACUGUACACGUGUUGUGAUGUUUCUGUGGUUAAAUGGAUUUACAUUGUCUUCUGCUACUGGCUCAUUGUUGACAAAAGUCUAAUACAAACAUUUAAAUAUGGAUGGCAGCCACACUG